UCGAGCCACCUCUCUGCCCAGCAUCACACUUUGGGCCACGACCACAAGGCGACAAAAAGCCGAGGGCCAGCGUAGGAGGGGGACCACAGGUGUGUGUCUGUUAAAGACAGCGAUAGAGAUUAUGGCUGAACGGUGAGCCAGGAGAGGACUUCACACACACACACACACACACACACACUCACAGAGAGCAGAAGCGCUGGUGUCGCAGAAGACGUGGACGUGGAGAAGGGACACAGGAGGAGACGGAGACGCGCGCAGACGCAUCUGCCUUGCUUUUGGGGCAUUUCUCUCGUGCAGAGGUGGGGUUACGAAGACGUGCGCCCCGCCACGUCCCUCGGAUGCUAAAAAUUCACGCUCCGCGCGAGAGGAAACAUGUGUCGGAAUUACCGCGCGUGACCAGCAACAUUUGAUGCAGUUUUCAGGUCUAUUCAUUAAAAGCAUCCUCUGUGCGGGGAAGGAAAGGAGCUGCAGCCUUGACUUGUUUUGGUUUUUUUUUGGAGGGGGGAAACAGGGUGACAUCCCCUCUUCACCACCACCACCACCACCUCCUCCUCCUCCCACCCUUACAUAAAUGUUUGCGUGUCGUUAGUGCUCUAGUUUUCGGUCGACCCCCCCACACCCACCCGCCCUCUCCCCCUCAUAGAGACUCACACGGAGACAGUCGCAUUUCCUUUACGCACACAUAAUCACAGGCACACCUGACCUGCACAUCCUCUUUACGCGCCCGCACCUGCAAACAACAUGCAUACAUAAUUACGCAGACACACUCACCCCCUCCUCACCCAUCCAACCCUCUCACCCCAAAUUCUGAUGACUCCCCGGCGUAGAGGUGGACGUGGUACGAAACCGGCUGGAGCAUCAUCAUCAUCGUCCUCAACACUGCCACUGUCAUCCUCACCAACCUCCUCCUCCUCCUCCUCCUCACCACCACCACCACCAUCGCCAUGUCCUCGUCGUCGCGCAAGAUCUCCUCCGAGUCCUUCAGCAGCUCAGUGGGCUCCGACUGCGGGCUCGAAAGCCCCGGGGGAGACGGAGGGGACGGCGGUUUGGAGCCGGCGGAGGAGAGCCGAGGCUGCCCCUUCGCCUCCUUAACGUCUUCCCACAGAGCGGUGCUGUGGAACGGCCGCAGCCUCGCCGAGAGGUCGGUGUGCCCGGCGGGUGAGCAGCAGCAAGGACCCGCUGGACCUCACAAGAGGGUCACCAGGAGGAGACGAGUGAACCUGGACUCACUGGGAGAGAGCCUGAAGCGACUGACCUCACCCACGACACAGACCAUUCAACUGGCUCUACAGCGAACUCUGCAGUUCUACAGACAGCAAGAGAUCAGGUGUCAGGAGGUCAGCACUGAGGACCGGCGACGGGAAAAGAGAGAGGAGAAGUGUCCAUUUCUAGAAAACUCUGGUUCAGAGGAAGAUGUCCUACAAAUCCUGCAGUACAUGGCCACCAUACUGGGAGUGCCAUUCUGUGAGCUGCGGGAACAUUUUGGAGAGGAGUUCUUCGGCCUCUGCUUUGAAGAAAACGAACGAGUGCUUCGAGCUGUGGGCGGGAACCUCCAGGACUUCUUUAAUGGCUUCGAUGCCAUUUUAGAACACAUACGCACCUCCACCGGACGCCGUGCCUCGUCUGAGAGCCCCUCCUUCCAGUGCAACGAUCCCAACGAGGAGGAGAAAUGGAGGAGAAAGUUGGACAAAGUUGGAGAGCGAGUAGAGAGAGGAAAGGUGUUAGUUCUUCAUUGUUUCAACCCUGCUCCUGUUGUUGGGUUGGUCAUGCCAGGAUUGAUCAGAGCUGUUGCCAGGCGGAUCUAUCAUUCAGAGGUUGAGGUGGAAGAGGUGCCACCUCUAACUCCUUUGCUGCCCAGUGAAGACACAGGCCACACAGAUGGUGAUUCCACAACCCCCACCCCAACUGCAUCCCCCACUGCCUCACCCUCCUCAUCCCCAUCUCCUCCGUCUCCUUUUCCGACCUCUGUUCCCACAGUUUGCCUGUCCUUCCAAAUACAUGAGACACACGGUCCUUCCCUCUCCUCCCUCCAAACCGCAGCUUCAGGGAGCACCAAACGUCCUCCUCUCUCACUGUCCACCAACCCCAGUGAUCUGCGCAUUGGCCUGGCCACAUUUUGCCGUGCCUUUCCGUUCCACCUCGUCCUGGGACCGGGUAUGGAGCUACUGCAGCUUGGAGAAGGACUGAGGAGACAGGCUCGCAUUGAGACUCACCGGAGCCUCUCAUUCAGAGACUGUUUUGAGAUCGUCUCACCCAAGAUGGAACCUUCAUUCCAGGGCAUCCUGCUGAGGCUUGCAUCCCCAUUUACCAUUCGCACCAGGCCUGAUACCACCCAGACUGAUAUCAAGGAGAAGGUCAUGGAAUUGAAAGGUCAGAUGAUCCAUGUGCCAGAAUCCUGCUCCCUGAUGUUUCUGGGCUCGCCACGGGUCGAUAAAUUGGAGGAACUGAUGGGCAGAGGCCUCCAUCUGUCAGAUAUCCCCAUCCAUGAUGCAACACGAGAUGUUAUCUUGGUGGGGGAGCAGGCUAAAGCCCAAGACGGUCUGAAGAAAAGAAUGGACAAGCUCAAGGCAACAUUAGAACGCACUCACCAGGCGCUGGAGGAGGAAAAGAGGAGAACCGUGGAUCUCCUUUACUCCAUAUUUCCAGGUGACGUGGCGCAGAAGCUGUGGCAGGGUCAGCCAGUGCCCGCUCGCAAAUUUGAUGACGUCACCAUGCUCUUCUCGGACAUUGUGGGUUUUACCGCUGUGUGCGCCCAGUGCACCCCCAUGCAGGUCAUCUCCAUGCUGAACGAGCUUUACACACGCUUCGACUACCAGUGCGGCAUUCUGGAUGUUUACAAGAUCGAGACGAUAGGAGAUGCCUACUGUGUGGCAGGAGGCCUUCACAAGAAAGUCGACAGUCACGCUAAGCCAAUCGCACACAUGGCCCUGAAGAUGAUGGAACUUUCUGAGGAAGUGCUGACACCUGACGGGAGACCCAUCAAGCUAAGGAUAGGUAUCCACACGGGCUCUGUGCUCGCCGGCGUGGUCGGGGUUAAAAUGCCCCGUUAUUGCUUGUUUGGUAACAACGUGACUCUGGCCAGCAAGUUUGAAUCAGGGAGCCAUCCGAGGUGUAUCAACGUCAGUCCCACAACGUACCAGUUGCUGAAGGACGACCGUUCUUUUUCAUUUGUCCCUCGGUCACGACUAGAGCUCCCCGACAAUUUUCCCAAAGAGAUUCCAGGAACGUGCUACUUCCUCGAGGCGGGGACAUCUCACAGUCACGCCUCGUUGACCAGCUCACGCUCUGCUCCCCCAGCCUCUAUGAGGAAAGUCUCCUACAGCAUUGGGACCAUGUUUCUCAGAGAAACAAGUUUGUAGGUCUCAGACACAGACUAGGAUGCACAUACGUUCAUGUGUGAUGUGAGAGAGGCUUGAGUUGGAAACGGGCAACGAACAGUGAACCUAUAAUUCAGAUCUUUUGGAUAUGCAAAUUCAUUAUGUGAAAACAUGGAUUCAGGCCUGUGUCAGGGCCUGUGUGAAUCAACCUUCAAAAAAUACACUCAUUAGAGGUUUUAAAAAAAAAAAGAACAAUAAUUCCCUCAUCUCUUGUGAGGGAGACACGGCUGAAAGAAGAUGUCGGUAACAUCAAGUCUAGUCUCACGUGGACCCUUCCCCAAGGAAAUACACUGAUUAGUGGAGAAACCUAAAUAGCAAACUCUAAAUCUCACUGGAUUCCUUAGUUCCAUACCUGAUGCCCAUAUCUCUCUCCCCGCGUGGUCCUUUUCUCCAAACUAGUCCCCUGACCUGGUUCUAAGGGAAACAAAGCAAUGAGAAACCCUGGGGAGAGACUAUUUUCAUGACUAGUGUUGCACUCAACGCCGCAAAUAGAGCAAAUCAUGCUGAAGAAUAACAUUUAAACUUUUGGAAGAUGUAAACAUUGACACAAAUGUCUGCUGUGCAUCAUCAGUACGAGGAAGACCGCUGUUGAAGAACUCUACGUCAUCCCUGACUCCCCGUCUAACUUUACCCCAAAUCAUGCCAUGCUUUACUAAACACACUUGUAACGUUCGCAGCUUGUUCCAGUCGUCAUUUGUCUACCCAGGACCAGUUUUUCAGGAUGGAGAAAGACGAGUGAUAAAUACCGAGAGAGUUUUGAAAAGGGGUCAUCAAAAAAAAAUGGCAAAAACACGAAGCUGACCGAGCCUUGUCUGCGUUUAACUCACAGGAAAAUAUUUAACCGACCACAAUGCAGCCAUUUCAUUGCAGGUGACGUGUUUAGGACUGAAAAGUAUUCCCUGCUCAGUGCCUUUUUACUGCUCCAAUCGGGACAAACGCAAGAUGGAUUCAUUUUAAAUAUUUGACGGGUCACAAAUGACAAAACAUAAGGAGCACUUAUUUUUACCUCAAUGUCUUUUAUUUCCAUUUGUUUGACGUUAUGUGACAUUUCUGUGUUAGUAGCUACACUGAUAUACAAACUAUGAUGUGCCAAAGUUUAUGUGAGUCAUGAUCGGUUGGCAAGAAUAAAUCUAGUGCUCCUAAAAGACCUCAAAUAUUUGAAAUUCUAUUCAUCUGUUUGUGUCUAGUUCUACCAGUAAUACACACAAUAUAGUACUAAUAAUAUAGUACUAUUACCAUAUGUAGACACAGUCACAGUAUGCGCACGUUACGUGGUUCAAAUUUGCACAUGUUAUCCUUUAUGAUUGCAUUGUUUCCUACCACAUAGAUUUGAACACAUACAAUAUUGUGUUACAGCAGGAUUCAAAUUCAAAUCUCUACUAGUUUGCUGGUGGAUAAGAAAGGGAUUCAAUCAGUGAAUCAGUGAAUCUCAGGCCUUCGAAAUACUGAAGUGUAGCUCGAUAACCCACACAUGGGAAAGUAGAUGUCAGGAAAGAAUACAGAGGGGACACGGUGAGUUGAAGUUGAUGUUUUUGAUUUUUGAUUUUAACAUUCAGUUAGUUGAAGUAAUGACUUCAUCUAACUUACAUUUCAUUCCUGCCAUUGUUCUUCAUAAAACAUUCAAAUAUCCACCCUAUUUUAGAAGACUUUGUUGUACAUGUAAUAACACACUUGUUGACUGAAAUGUUUAUACUGUCAAAUGAAGGUCCCCAAAGUGGUUCUACCUGUAAGAGCUUAAGUCAACUAAACUCUUUGUACUUGAUUCUCAAAACAGCAAAAUGCACUUUUGACAGUGUGAAAUGGGGGAAAGGUGUUUGUCGUGUCACUAUCUCCUGUUGCAGUGAAGAGACUUUUCAGUCCUCAAACAUAACAUAGCAUUGUGCCAACUUAGUGAGACUCACGCCAGCAAAACAAGUAAUGUGCCAUAUUGUUGAAAAGGAUUGGAGAAAGGGAAAAUAGAAAUAGAUUUCUGUGUAGCUGCCAUUGUCUGGGUUCACUAUCGAUUCAACAAAUUCAUUUAAAUGUAUUUUUUUCUAAACUCUGACAGCAGUUGCAUCAACACAUUUCCCGCAUGUUUCUGUAAAGACACUGACGGCAAUGAAAAUAGAUAAUUUUGCUAACAAAGAAAACACAAAUAUAUUUUUGAGAGAGAUAUGCCUGACACCCAUCCAUGCUGACAAUAAACAUAAAUAUUUUAUCCAACCUUUGUUCCUUAUGACUUAAAGUGGGCUCUCAGUAUGUUGUAUAUAAUUAAGAAUGAACUCGUCAAAAACAUGAAUCAGUCAAACGAAAGGAAAGUGUGUAGUAACGAGUCAACCAUGACAUCUUAUGCCCAGCGUAAACUGAUUUAUAUAUAUAUAU